UUCCCUCCAAAACAAACGACUAACCCCUUUCAACUGUCUGUACAAGAAAAGAAUAAAAGGAUCACUCACCAUUUCAAACUUGAGAAGCUCCCGGAUACAAAUUACACCCCACAAACAGUUCAAUAAGAGAAAUGUCAUCUGUACUAUUUCUAUCUGCGUCCAACCUUAUAUGCAAAUCCAAAGACCUCUGGAAAGAUAACCAUCUCUCCAAAAUCAUCAGUAGAGAAAAACCAUGUCCCGAAACCCCUUCAGAUAUCAAACUGAAUAGAAGAAAUCUAUUACAAUCCACUGGUUUGGGCCUUGUAGCGGAAGGAUUUUCUGUAGCUCAGCCAGCUAGAGCUGAACCAGAGACCCCAUUAGAAUCUUCUUCGAGUAGGAUGUCAUAUUCAAGAUUUCUGCAGUAUUUGGACGCAGGAACUGUGAAGAAAGUAGACCUGUUCGAGAAUGGGACUGUUGCAAUUGCAGAGAUCCUGAAUCCUGCACUCGACAAAAUCCAGAGGGUGAAAAUACAAUUACCAGGACUGCCACAAGAGUUGCUUAGGAAAAUGAAGGAGAAGGAUGUGGAUUUUGCUGCUCACCCUAUGGAGAUGAACAUGGGAGCUGUGAUUCUUGAUGUGUUGGCAAAUUUUGCCUUCCCAUUGAUUUUUCUUGGAACUCUACUCUUGAGAGGAUCAACUACAAAUUCUUCAGGAGACCCCAACUUGCCAUUUGGACUGGGAAGGAGCAAAGCCAAAUUCCAAAUGGAACCCAACACUGGUGUCACAUUUGAUGAUGUAGCUGGAGUUGACGAGGCAAAGCAAGACUUCCAAGAGGUUGUGGAAUUCUUAAAGACCCCAGAAAAGUUUGCUACUAUUGGAGCAAGAAUUCCUAAAGGUGUUCUGCUAGUGGGUCCACCAGGGACUGGAAAGACAUUGCUGGCUAAGGCCAUUGCUGGAGAAGCAGGGGUCCCUUUCUUUUCUCUGUCUGGCUCAGAGUUCAUUGAGAUGUUUGUUGGGGUGGGGGCUUCAAGAGUAAGAGAUUUAUUCAACAAGGCAAAGAUGAAUUCACCAUGCCUGGUUUUUAUUGAUGAGAUAGAUGCCGUUGGAAGGAAGAGAGGAACAGGCAUUGGAGGAGGAAAUGAUGAAAGAGAGCAAACACUGAACCAAUUGCUCACAGAAAUGGAUGGUUUUAGUGGAAAUAGCGGGGUGAUUGUCAUCGCUGCAACUAAUCGACCUGAAAUUCUUGAUUCAGCUUUGCUCAGGCCAGGAAGGUUUGAUCGACAGGUUACUGUUGGAUUGCCGGAUGUAAGGGGAAGAGAAGCAAUUCUGAAGGUCCAUAGCAACAAUAAGAAGCUCGAUAAAGAUGUUUCCCUUAAUGUCAUAGCCAUGAGAACCCCAGGAUUCAGUGGUGCAGACCUGGCAAACCUCAUGAAUGAAGCUGCCAUUCUUGGUGGCAGACGGGGCAAAGAGAGGAUAACAGCAAAAGAGAUUGAUGAUUCCAUUGAUCGAAUUGUGGCAGGCAUGGAGGGAACCCAGAUGACAGAUGGAAAAAGCAAAAUCCUCGUGGCUUAUCAUGAAAUUGGGCAUGCCAUUUGCGCGACAUUAACUCCAGGGCAUGACCCAGUACAAAAAGUAACUCUUAUUCCUCGGGGGCAAGCACGGGGUCUUACUUGGUUCAUACCUGGGGAAGAUCCAGCUCUUGUAUCUAAGCAGCAACUUUUUGCUAGAAUAGUAGGAGGUCUCGGAGGCCAUGCAGCAGAGGAAGUAAUUUUUGGGGAACCAGAGGUUACCACAGGUGCAGCAGGAGAUUUGCAACAGAUCACUCAGAUAGCAAGACAAAUGGUAACCACAUUUGGAAUGUCUGAGAUUGGACCAUGGGCAUUGACUGAUCCAUCAGUACAAAGCAGUGAUGUGAUACUAAGAAUGCUAGCUAGAAAUUCCAUGUCAGAAAAACUUGCAGAGGAUAUUGAUACCUCAGUAAGACAUAUUAUUGAAAGCGCAUAUGAAAUCGCAAAGAGCCACAUAAGGAAUAAUCGAGAAGCAAUCGACAAGCUAGUAGAUGUGCUUUUAGAGAAGGAAACUCUCACAGGAGAUGAGUUCAGAGUAAUCUUGUAUGAGUUCACUGCUCUUUCUUUGGAUAAAAUCAAUAAGAACUCAGUCCGUGAACUGAUCACAGCUUAAGGAAACCAUUAUAAUACAUUCUAUGUUGAUAAAGCUCCAUUGUUAUUUACAGAUGUAUUAAAUACAAAUUGCAAAUUUGAAUGGAAAAACAAGUGGUAAAAGUACUCCAGAAAGGCAGCACUUACAAUCAUACAUGUAAAAUGCCUUCAUGAACAUAUUUAGUUGACACACAUUGGUCAACAGAAGGUAGGUACUACCUAAAAAGAGAUACAACCUUGGGCUUAGUGGGUAACGCCAUCAACCUUGGGCUUUCGAGACACCAAGAAACACUCAAAUGGUCAUACAACUCCAUUGCUUCAAUGUCCUUGGGACAUGAAUACCGAAUAACCACUACCUCUCAUAGGUUAGUGUUUUUGACUCAAAAGCGAGCCUUUGCAGACUCAUUUUGUUGAGGGCCCGGGAAUAGG